AUGGCUCGAUUCAAACAAGUCAUUGAUGGAGCAGGAUGUGAGGGAGAACGAUACCGUGAUGCUGCGCUUCAAGUACUACGUAUUCUACGAUCUUCCUCAGCCCAACAGCUCGGACAUCAAACACAUGAAAGAGGAUGCCGUCAGGAUCAACCAAAUCUACGAACAAGCUAAAUGGGCAAUCCUCCGGGAAGAAAUUGAAUGCACGCACGAAGAAAUGAUGCUGUUUGCUGCUCUACAGUUACAAGUGAGUAUGCAAUCGCAGAAGCCUCAACAGGAAGUAGAUGGUCCGUCAGAUGGUGUGGAUGAUAUUGAUAAAGCUCUCACAAAUCUUCAGGUCUCAUUAGAAGGACAAACUGUAUCACCAGGACAUACGGAUAUCACCUCAGUACCAGAACUUUCAGGAGUAUUGAGGUAUCUGAAGCCUAAGAAAUUCACGUUGAAAGGUUACAAGAAGGCUUGGUUUGUGUUCCGUGACCUGCACCUUUCAUAUUACAAGAGUGAGGAGGAGAGAAAUGGACAAGCCAUCCAGAGAAUCAACCUCAAAGGUUGCGAGGCGUCCCCUGACGUAAGCAUAGCAGCUGAGAAGUUCUGUAUCAAACUCCUCUCCGUGUCACCAGAAGGAACGCAAGAACUUAUCUUGAGAUGUGACUCCGAGGAUCAGUAUGCCAAGUGGAUGGCAGCGUGUCGACUGGCAUCCAAGGGCAGGUCAAUGGCCGAUAGUACGUACCAGUUGGAGGUUGAGGAAAUCAAGGCCUUCCUUAGCAUGCAGCAUAGUAACAAGGAUGGCAGGGCCCCCAUCAUACCCACGGACAUGCCCGAGAUCAAGCCGGAAAACUUUGUCAGUGCACGGGCCCUCAAGAAGUACAAGGCUAAAGACAUUGCUAAGAGCAUCUUAGACGCACACUCAGGAUUACAAUCUCUGUCGCUGGUUGAUGCAAAGCUUAAAUACAUCAAAGCAUGGCAGGCACUUCCAGAGUAUGGCAUCACGUUCUUUGUAGUACGCACUCAAGGCAGCAAGAAAGAUGAACUACUUGGCUUCGCUUACAACCGGAUGAUCAAGAUGGACAUCAACACCGGUGAUCUCCAGAAGACAUGGCGCUACAGCACGAUGACUCAUUGGAAUGUAAACUGGGAAACGAGAGAACUCAUCAUCGGUAUGGAGGAUGGGGAGAUAGGCGUGAACUGUCUGACCUGCGAUUGCAAGAUCGUCCACGAGUACAUCGGUGGAUCCAUCUUCUUGGCGCUGCGCAAACAGGACAAGAAUCAAGUCAAGGACAUGGCCAUGUUUGCCAAGCUUACAGGAGGUUCAGAGACGGGCAUCCUGGAAUAGACAAUUCUUCUUUCCUCAUCUCCUGAAGGAAGAGAGCGCGAGCGAAUCAGUGGUAGUGGAGGUGGUGGACGUUGAAAUAUGUUGAUGGGAAGGACAAGAAAUAAGCUACUGCUUCAUGAUGACACAUUAACAUGCCUUAGGUAGUACAAAGAGAAACGUUUAAAGGGGCAUUUCAUUUAUGCGAGAACGCUGGAUGCAUUGGUGAUUAAUCGAAGGGUACGGACUACGGAAUAUGGCUUUGAGGCACGGUUGAAACAGUCUGGACCGUAUUCCUUUUACAAGGCAGAGUAGAAAUACACAGUGGUAAAAUGAGAGCGAAGUACGUAGAUUGUUCAGAAAUGGGGCACUAUCUUAUCCACCUUGGUUGUUGGUCUCUUCCUUGGCUUCCCACCUUCAAAGCACACUGCCGUUGAUCCCUCCAAGCAGCUUCCACUUCUUCUAUCUGUGGUGAUCUAUCAUCAUUGUUGGUCAACCUAUGGUCAACCUUGUGGUCAGCCCUUGCCUACUGCUGUCAUAGAUGGAAAGCUAUGAUUAAGGAAGAAUGUCAAGAAAUGGUUAUGUAAACAGAGGUGAAUCAUUACCCAAGCUCUGUGAUGGAUCUAACUGGUUUGGUUUGUCGAAGGACAGAGAUCAUAUUGGUGCCCAGCUGUUGUUUCCGAACGACUCAGCAAUCUUUUUGGGUUUUUUUUUACAAACCUCUUUGCAAUAACUGUAAUUAUGCCUGAGAGGUAAUUUAAUUAAUUGGAAUGCUUGAUGUAUUUGAUAAUGGAGACAUUUUUUAUAAAUAUAUAUUUUCUUGGAAAAUUCGUCGAAUGGAUGUUUUACUUUGUCAUUUUUGAAUUCUCAUGUAUUAAUUGCAAGGUUUUAUAUAAAUUUUCCCCCUUUCUUUCCUAAUAGGCUUUUAGUCAGCUUGUAAACAGCCAAUACAUUUUUACAGAAAAUUUGCCCGUUAAUAUCAUUAUGGCUCACAAUUUUUAUGUACAUAGAUAUAUCUGUAUAUAUUUAUAUAUAAUGAACUUUAUAUGCUUCGAAUCAAGUCUCCUUUAAUACACUCAUUUACCCUAGACGGUGCAUUAUGUGUUUUAUUUAUUGUUGGAAACCCACCCUAUUCCCUGAGUCUACAGCAACUGAUAGCAACAUUCUCCCGCAUGCUGCUUCUAGUACCCAUCCAAUGUUGUUAUCAUCAUCAUGCAUUUAUCUUAAAGUUCAUAUUCUUAGAUCCCUUUUUAAGAGGACACCCAAUAAUGUCACCCUCAUUAUUAACAUUUACCCAGUCCCAUUGUAUUUGAAUAUAUUUUCAUAAAUUGGUAUUACCAUAGGUUGAUACAAGUCUGAAUGUAUAUAAAAUGUACAUAGUUAAGUAAGGUCUAUACAUGUCUGUAUUGUUCUGUACAAGUUCAAUGAUAUACCUUUUAAGCAUGUAUGUACACUAUGAAAAUACACAACUGGAAAUUGAUUGUAUUUACAAGAUUUUUAUGCUUGCUUUGUAUACAGAAAUAUAUGAACAUGAGAAAUACUCACCAUUUUUCGACAAGAGUAUGUACUACAUGUAUAUCCUUGUUUAUUUAUAUAUGAUUAGUAAUGCUUGUGAGAAAUGAUAAGUCUUAUUUCUACCCUUAUUAACCAUGUUUAGACCCAUGAAUAAACAAAUGUUGACACUAUCCCUGUUUUUGUGUACUCUGCCUAUUCUAUGACCUGUGUACUCAAUUACCCAAAUCACCACAAUCUGCUCAAAAUAUUACAAUUCAUCCCAGUUUCUUAAUUUUUAAUAAGCAUCAUAAUGCCAUAUUUUAUAUUACGUGAUUGCAACUCUCAGAGAAGCAGAACGGAUAUACUGCCGAGGAGUCACUGUUUCUUGAUGGGCCAUUCUUGCACACCAAAAUUAUGAUAAAUCUUGACUUUAAUUGUAAAUCUACAAAUUUUAGAGAUUUAGUUUUAAAUUCAAAGGUUAUAUAACAUUAAAAUGUUUAGUCUGAAGUCAGCUAUCUCCAAUAUGCUAGUUCAUGGUCAGAGGUCAAAAGAAGUGGAUCACGUGUGUGACUUCACAAAGAAGCAUGAUUUUAAAAAUUUAAUUUCAUUGUGAAAUUCCUGUGAAUUUCAAAUUGAAAUUUCAACUUUCAAAAUCAUCAUAAUUAGUUAUAAUUCUUCAAUUUUUUUGGUCAGAUUUAUAACUAAUUAAAGUCAUGUUUGUCACAAUUUUUGUCACACAUGACCUAGAAUUGUCCUGAUGUUGAUUUAGCAUCAUUAGGCUAUAACACUCAAUUACAACUCUCAAAACCAGAACAAAGUUUAUUCUCAAGGAAUGAACACAAGGAACACAGAUUUCCAUACAAAGACAAUUUUUCAAACCAUUCUGAGACUGGAAAACACCAUUUUAAGCCUGGAAAACAUUCAUUACUAAAAUCUAUAGAUGGGUUGAGCCUUCGACAGCAUGGUGUGAUGCAUAUUACAGUUGUUAAUACUGGACCUUGAUAUGAUGUUAAUAUCACUUAAAUCAGAGAGUUGUGUUUUAUAUCACAAUUACAGUGCUGGACUAUGUCUUUAUUACAACGAUGUACAAAUAUUCUUGAUUCUACUGAAUUGUGAUGACAAUGUAGUUUCCCAUUUGUCAUUCUCGUCCAGAUAAUUCUUUUGUUUGAUUUAGUCUGUAAUAUUCAUGGUAUUUUCAGGUUUUAUUUUUAUACAGUUUUGGGGUGUAAAUUACUUGUAUCAUAAGACAUGACAAGAUUGGUGUUUUGAUUUUCCUUGGCCUUAGUAUCAAAGUUAUUUAAAAAAACAAAAACAUAAGAGGAAGAAGGAAAAUGCACUUGGCAUACCCUGGCAAUUUUGCAAAAAGGGAAUGACGGUCAAGAAAUAUGAGAACUACAUAGGAAUGGAUGUUUCUAUUUCACUAAGAAUAAAAUCUGUGAGGAUAAUCUGGGCUGUGUAUCAUGUUAUUAUUUGAAACCUGUUUAUUCCUGAAUGUGCAUAAUUCAGGUACCAGUUAUUACCUCAUACCCAACUUCAUAACUUUAUUUUGAAAAAGUCUGUAUUGGCAUACAGAGAUAUAAUCUUCAAAGUAUUCGCAAUACACUGGGCCUCUCUUGAGAUUCUCAUAUCUUUAAAUCCCAAUUUGUAACUUUAAUCUGAAUGGUUAAGUCAAAUAUAGAUGUCACAAUAAAGGAGAUCAUUGAAAAUGUGCCAAACAAAUCAUGCACCCACCUGUGUCUCGCCUUCACAUGGCUUUGUAGAGGUUUUUCCCCCUUUUCUUUAUUUUUGUUGUUGAAUUGAAUAAAAUAUUUAAUGAAAACCCCUGUACAUUUUUAUAAUGUUGAGCGGAUUUUUUAAAGUGAACAUUUGCAUGGUGAUGAUAAUUUUUUUUUUCUGGGUUAAACUUUGUUAUUCUAAGUCAAACCUGAAUGAGGCGAAAUAAAAAUGGCUGUAGUAUCUCA